UAUCCGCGGGGCAUUGAAAAGCAUUAAAAGUCAUUAAAUGGAUUUUGUGAAAAUCAAGGCCUUGAAUGGCAUUGAAAAGCAUUAAAUUUCAUUUAUACAGGCAUUACAUUUUUUAGAUAGUUUUGAAAAAAAACUACCAGUUUAUUUUGAAUAAAGCCUAAAUAAUUAAUGAUUUGCUGUUGCAAAAUAUGUACAUUGGUGUGAUACGCACACGGAACCAGUUUGGUAAUUGCCUCCGGCCGGUGCGAAAUUGCCAUAACGCCGGUUUAGACAGCGGCGGGCUGGGAACUGUAGACAGAAGGCUGCAUCAGUGUUGCCAACUUAGCGACUUUUCAGGCCCCUUUUGCGACUUUUUUUCCUAAGAAAGCGUGUUGUGACAAAUACAGCGACUUGUUAACCUGAUCUAGCGUCCGAGACCCCCUGGUACAACCGCACGAGCACGAGAUUGCUUUUCUGCCGCAGGCGCAGGAAUUCGUUCCGCCUUUCUGGUUCAGCAUUGAGGAUGUGCGCUCAGUCAGAGAACAAAUAAAAUAGAUAGGCCUACUAUUGCUUCUAACCUGAGUGAUCAUUUUACGUGUACAUAUAGCUAAAAUCACUGCAAAUGUCUAUUUUAUGUGUAUGGUGAUUUUGUCAGACAACAUCUCGAUUAGGCUAUAAAUCAGGAUUUUAGUGCUGGUUUAACACGUCAGGGCUCGAACUUUACUCUCCCGACCGGACAAGGACCUUAUUAAAAAGUCAAUACCAAAAAAACAAACAAACAAACAAACAAAACAAACUUGGUAAUCACCAAAACGGGAGUAUGAAAUAUUUUAUUUCAUUUAGUGUUAGUGGCGAUCCAUAGUGGAUAAUAAUAGGCUGUAUAAUGUACUGACGAUAACAGUGUUGCGCUGUUGAGGCUCGCGCAGCAUCUCGAGGAGAAAUGGAAACAUGAGCAAAGCACACAAAAAGAAACUUGGUUAAACAUACUGCAGUAAAAAUUCAAAAUGUGGAGUUUACUGGUAAGUAAUAUCACACGACCUGUUUUGCUAAAUAGGCUACCAUCACGAUUAAAAAUGUGACACUGAUUUCAUACAACAGUUCAGUUAACAAAUAAUUAAUAUUAAGCCACUUACAUUUUAGAAGGAACAUUGACUGUUUUUGUUCUAUUUUAGCACCAAAAAUCGUUUCAAACAAAGUUCACAGCAGUACUACCAAAGCGCAACUCUCAGCCUUGUUUUCAUUACUGAUUCAGCGUUUUGAACGAAUCGGUUGAGUCAAAGAUUAAAUGACCCAUUCAUUCUUGAAUGAAUCAGCCAUUGGAAUGAAUCAUUUGAAUGAAUGAAUCAGUGACACUCACUUAUUAAGAUGGUUACUUGACGCCACCUAGUGGUGGUUUAGUUUCAUUUUUAAAAUAUAAUUUCCCCUCUAACAUUUCUUAUUUGUAUUUUCAAAAAAUAUUUUAAAAAAUUCCAUAACAUUAUUUAAUGCAGUUGUAAUCAAUCAAAAAUAUGCAGAUUUACAUACGUCAAAGCUGCAAUAUUCUGAAAGGAUAUUGCUUCAGAACAAAUUUGUUUCUACCAAAAACAAAAAAAAAAAUUCCGGACAAACUACUGUUUUGCUCGUACAAGACAAAAUAUAUAGAUGAAACAAUUUUAUUGGGAGUUUGGCUUAAAAUAUAUUAAGUGAGCAAAAGUGUAGCAGCAGAGAAGCAAACAAAUGUAAAGGGCUGACACUUGGCAGAAUGCGAAUGCAACAAUGACAUGAUGAAGUUUCUAAUUGCCGUAUGUCGUCAUCUAUCGACAUUUAGCGGCAUAUAUAUAUGGCAUUAAAAAAAUAAAAAAUUGCCAUUAAAAAGGCAUUAAAAAGCAUUAAAUUAGAUUUGAUGAAACCUGUAGAAACCCUGUGCACAGCAUUUAUUCUUGCAUCUGAAGUGCGCGACCGUGCACAGGCGCAUCUUAGAGGGAACAUUGGGUGUGAGCACUUAACACUUUUAGAAGAACCUUCUGUUGGUGGGAAGUGCAAAGCGUGAGUAUGCAAAGGGUGGAUGUGGUGAGAAUGCUUAAGAGUCAGUAGAUCAAACACAUCUAUGUUAGUAUCAUCAGGAACUCUUCGAUACUGCUGCAGAUCUCUCAAGCUGUAUUCCACUGAUGUGAGUAUGAUAUUGUUUCACUUGACACAAAUGGGAUUUCUAUGAAAGGAUUUGACAUAUGUGUGGACAUUAUUUUAGCCAGGGUUAAUGUAAUGAGUCAAUUCCAGGAUAAAGACUUAAAAAUACUAGACCUUAAGAGGCAUUCUACAUCUAAAAGACUUGUUUUUCAAUAUCAACUUGAAAUAUAUAAUUUGGGCAAAAAAAAAAAGAAGAGCAAAUUUAAUAUACCGAACUAAACAAACAUACUGCAGUGGUGGACUAAGUACACAAAUCAAGUAUUUGAGUGAAAGUACAGUUACCCUUAUAAAAUAUUACUCCAGUAAAAACCUGAAAGAGUGUCCGAAGGAGCUGAGGAGGAGGAAGUACUCUAGUAAAGCAUCUAUCUAUCUUGUUUACAAUCUGAAAACAACAUAGCCUAGUUUGUCUUGUCAUAUCUCUUCAUCACAGACCAGAAUAAAACAUUUUUAAAAAUCAUGGACUCAACAUGUUUAAACCUGGGUUCCAUCUUCUACAGCUUCUUCACUUUGAGUGGGGGCGCGGCUGUAGGAUAUGGUAUAUGGUCACACAUGAAGAGCAAGACAUCUGACUUGUUAAAAACAGUGGAUGACGUGACACUUACAACACUUUUGUUCCUGGGGGCCCCGAUGCUGAUCGCUCUGGGCUGCAUCCUCACUGUGACGGGUGUGAUUGGCUGUCUGGGCACUUUGAAGAAAAAAAGCUGGAUGCUCUUGGUUUUUUUCGUCGUUGUGCUCAUCAUCUUAAUCCUCCAGGUCAUCUGGGCAGUGUUAAUGGUCUACCCCAAUUCUGUGAAAGAAAAAUCCUUGAGCAGCUUAGAGAGCAAAAUGAUAAAAAGCCUUCAGGAGAGCUAUAAAGAGAAUGACACUUCAAUCACUCUCGUAUGGGAUGAAACUAUGAACAAGCUGCGUUGCUGUGGAUACAAAGGCUAUGCUGACUUCACACAUUCCGCUAGGGAAGAAGAACAGAAGAACUUGUAUCCCAAACAAUGCUGCAGUCGGUUUUCAAAAACACAUUCAACAUGUAGUAAAGAAAAAGCUGAGAAUAAGAAAGUAAGGGGCUGCAUUCAACUGCUGUUGACCGAAAACAUUCCCAUUUCUGGAGCUUUGUCCUUUUUGAUCGGCUUUCUAGAGAUUGUUGCCUUGGUCGUUUCCCUGAAAGUCUACCGAUGCUUGAGACGCAUACCUGAUCUCCCGGACCCCUUUGAAGAUUUUCUAUGAUAAACAACUUUUUAUAAAUGUGUGGAAGUUUGUGUGUUUUAUUAUUGCUUUUGCAUUUACAUACAGUGCUUUCAGGAGGAAAUCACAUUUUGUUAUGAAAAAAGUUACUUUCUUAAAAAUAUUACUUGAUUUCAGUUUUACAACGCCUAUGAAAUAUAACAAAGUGCAUAGUGGCUUCUCUUUUCAUUAAAUGUUUCUUAAUUUUUUUGUAAAGACAAAUCACUGAGAAUAUGAAUCUAUUACUAUAAAGAACAACUGUUCAACUUUAAUACUUUCCUUUCAAAAUGAUUA